AUGGCUGGCGGCAGACAACUCCCAGCCCACGCUGAUCUCCAGCCUUACAAUCAUGCAGUCGCGGGCCAUGAUGGGACCCUUUCCGAUAUCGACGGCGAGCUCUUCAUCAAGCCCUGCGUGCAGCAAGAGAUUGACUUUUACGAAACAACUUUCCGCGACCACCCCGACUUUGCGUCUCUGAUGCCCAUUUACUUCGGAACGCUCUCCCUUAACGAUGCGACCGACAUUGACUCGCUCAACGAGCAGCUCCCGGGGGUCGCCGACCACAUGAGCCAGGGGCUGAAAGAAGAAGCUGUCAACAUGGCUAAGGCUGCUGUGGCUGAAGCCGAAGCUGAAGCGGCGGCCGAAGCAGCAGCCCAACCAGUCGACAUCUCGUGGCGGCCAAACAAGAACCGCAAGCUCGCAACCAACAAAUCGGUAGUUCUACAAAAUACCACACACGGCUUCAAGAAGCCCAACAUCUUGGACGCCAAACUCGGCCGGCGACUAUGGGCUGACGACGCGCCCCCGGAGAAGCGCAAGCGGUUCGAGGAGAUCAGCAGACAGACCACAAACGGGACGCACGGGUUUCGGAUCGCGGGCAUGCGUGUGUACAAGGGGUCUGCUGAUCCGGAGGAGCUGGAUGAACAAGGCUUCAAGGUGUAUGACCGGGACUAUGGCAGAUUGUCAGUGAACAAGGACACUAUUGUGGAGGAAUUGGGGAAGUUCAUCUUCAAUGAAUCGGCCGGAAUCGACCGGGAGCUGGGGCAGGCCGUUGCGCAGGCUUUUGUGGCGGACCUCAAGCGGGUGGAGGAGGUUUUGGCUAGCUCGGAGACCCGCAUGUACUCGGCGAGCCUGUUGUUUACCUUCGAAGGAGACGGCAAGGCGUUGCGUGCCGCCAUUGAGGAGAACAACGACGUGGUGGAAAAGGUCAAUGGCCUCGGGGAGCAGGUCGACGAGGAUGGUCUCCUUGGGGAAGAAGAGUUGGUUGCUGUGACCGGGAUAGACGCCUCGGCGCUUCCUGGCGUUAUCGAAGGGGAUGUGAAGGUUGUGGAGUUGAUGGGGGAGGUGGAAGACGGCGAAUUGGAGGAAGCGGACGAAGACGACGAGCUCUCAAAGCUUCCCCGCAUCUACUCGCUCAAGCUUAUCGACUUUGCGCAUGCCGAGUGGGUGCCAGGGCAGGGGCCGGACGAGAACAACCUGCUGGGCGUUCGGAGCCUCAUCAAGAUUUUUGAGGAAUUGAGCCAAUAA